AUGGACCCAUCUUACAGUAUUCGUGUACGUAGGUUUAUGACAAAUCCUCUAUUGAAACGGAAGCAAUUCUGUUUGGAGGUAAUUCAUCCCGGAAAACCAUGCGUAAAUAAGGAGAAACUCAAAGAGAAGAUUGCUAAACAAUUUAAAAUAUCAGACCCGAAGACAGUGAUCUUAUUUGGAUUCAAAACUCUAUUUGGUGGCGGUAGAAGUACUGGGUUUGGUUUGAUCUAUGAUAAUAUUGCAGCAGUUAAACGAUUCGAGAGAACUUAUCGUCUUGUUAGGAAUGGACUAAUGGAAGCGCCUGCUAGAAUUGGUCGCAGGGCUUCUAAGGAACUAAAAAAUAGACGAAAGAAGGUUCGUGGAAAGGAGAAAGCCAAAUGCAGUAGCGCUUCCAAAAAGAAGUGA